AUGGCAACACUCACCCUAAAGCCAUUCAGGCUAAUCCAAACCCAAAUUCUCACAGCAUCCCAAUCUCGAAUCCUCCACCUCCUUCCCCGCCCACAAUCGCAAUCGCAACAUGCAUCAAUCCGACACGCAAGCUCGCACUCAAACUCCCUCCCAAAAAUCGCAGACACCUCAGUCUGGACAUCGAUGAUCCCUCGAUUCAUCCGAGAGCGCAAAUCAAAGUCCAAAAGCGGAGAAAAGAAAUCUAAAGAAUGGAAUCCAGCCACAUUCUACAUUGUCAUGUUUACAUUGAUUGGAUCACAGGCUAUCAGGAUGCUUUCGUUGAAGAAUAGCUAUGCGACGUAUACUCGGGCUGCAGAUGCGAAGAUCGAAUUGUUAAGGGGGGUUAUUGAACGGAUACAGAGCGGGGAGAAGGUUGAUGUUGAGAAGUUGCUUGGGACGGGGGACGAGGGGAAGGAACGAGAGUGGGAAGACGUGCUGCGGGAGAUUGAGAAGGAGGAUGAUUUGUGGCAGUCGAAACGGAGUAAGGAGGCUAAGGAGGUUGCUGAGGCUGAGGCUAAGGAUGAGACGAAGAUGAAGUCAACGUCGACACAGAGCAGAGAAGCAGUGCCUGUGCCUGUGGCGGGUCAGGAAAGUGAAUCGGUGAAGGCGAAGUCUUCUCGAAAGUUGAAUUUCUUUUAG